AUGUGGGUGGGGCAGUACGUAGGGCUCCGAACGGAAAAGUCCGGGGCUCGACGGGCUGCAUCACUACUGGCUGAAGGGGUUCGUGGUGUGUCAAGCUGUGCUUGCCGACAGUUCCAAGACCACCAGAAGUCGCUCCCGAGCCUCUUCACUACUGGGUUCACUCAUUUGGUACCAAAAGACGAGGAUACCACAGACCCAAGCAAAUACCGCACCAUCAUGUGUCUACCCACCAUAUACAAGACACUAACAUCCAUUUUGAGCGCGAUAAUCACUCAUCGCCUGAACUCAAAUCAGGUGAUGUCGCGCGCUCAAAAUGGAUGUCGGGGCGGUGGUCGUGGAACCAAGGAACCACUUCUCAUUAACGCGAUCAUUGGCAAGGUGGUUAAACGCAACCGGCGGAACUUCUCCGCCGCUUGGAUGGACUACAAUAAGGCAUUCGACUCGGUGCCUCAUACAUGGCUGAAGAGGAUCCUUGAGCUGUGCAAGGUUAACUAUAGAACCACAUAA